AUGACACGAACAAAUAAUAAUAACAUUGAACAUUCGCCAUCUCGAACGUCAUCUUCUUCAUCAUCGGCUAUAGCUCAACCUUCUUCAACUGAGCCGAAAGAUAUCAUCAAUCAGAAUGAGCUGACCAUUCAAAAGCUUCUGCUUGAAUUACAAGAUGAUCUGAAACAAACGAAGGACUGUUAUAAUCAAAGUCGUGAUGCUUGGCUUUCAAUUCAACAACAGCAACAACAACAAAAAUCGUCCACAUCACCGAAUGAGAAUCUGAAUUCUCAAUCAAUAAAAUCGAAUGUAUCACAAGCACUGACAAACGUUCAAAAUGAAAUUGAGAUGUACAAAACAGCACUAUCGAAAAUAUCUCAAGUUCGUCAAUUACAAAUUGAAAUCACCAAUGUCACGAAGAAUCAUCUUGACAUCAAUCGUAGUCAUACGACCAGACGAGGUCUCGCUGAUCUUCUAUCGCAUAUGGCCUAUGUUCUGAAGAUUUGGUAUGGAAGUGAACACACAGGAAACUGCUCCAAUAAGGGUGAUAUACCACCAUCACUAUGUGGCGCUAUUCCAGCUGCUCCGAAUCAUGUGUGCCAUGUAGGCGAUUUGAUCGCAGGUUUUGUUGAAGGCGAAGACGGUGAUGAAAACUGGAUUUUAGCCGAAGUGGCCAAUGUUCAUGCCAAUAAAACAAAGUACGAUAUUUUCGAUAUUGACGCCGAACCUGGUCAAGGACGAUACUAUAACAUAAAUAAACGUCACGUUAUUCCAUUGCCACAAUGGCGAGCAUGUCCACUGACAUGUCCUCAAGCGUUAUUUCCUCGACGUACAAUUGUGCUCGCAUUAUAUCCUCAGACAUCUUGCUUUUACAAAGGUAUCGUGGAGAGUAUUCCACGAGUUGGCAAAGACUCUUAUAGCAUCAUAUUCGAAGAUUCAUCGUACAACAGCGGUUAUUCACCGGAAUUUGAUGUUCCACAGAUGUUUGUUGUUGCUUAUAAAGAUGUCAAAAAAUAA